CCGCUGACAGCUGGCACGCCGUGACAGAGGCAGUCCCGAGUAAUGCCUUCGGCCGUUCAUAACGCAGUCGGAGCAACGCGUCGCAUGAAAUGCAGUGCAGACUGCCCAUCGUGGUGAUGGCUACUCCAGGCUACGUGGAGGAGCUGCAGCAGCCCACGCAGCAGCCAGGGGGCGCUCUGGGCGUGACUCCCGGCCAGCCGCCGGCCCCUCCCACUUCCACCCCUCCUGCCCCGCCCCCCUUCCUGGCCGAACUGCAGACGGCAGUCACGCCCCCGCCCGUCACAGCCACUGCCCCUCCUCAGACAGGCCAGGCCACGCCCCCAGCAGCCCAGGCCACGUCGCAGAAGCAGGCCACACCAGCGCAGUACGUCACCGCGGAGAUCCAGGGCUCCGGCACUGCCUCCAGCAACGGGCAAAGCACGCCGCAGUACAUCGUGGUCACCGUCACUGAGGGCUCCUUGCACUCCAGCGACUCGGUGUCUGACUCCAGCCCUCCCCCGCCCGCGGUGCAGACGGCCGUGCCCACGCAGGUGGUGCAGCAGAGACUCUGUAUCAGGGAGAGGGAGGAGCAGGUAGAAGCAGGCCAGAUGAAAGGAUCGGUCACAGGGGGGCGCAUCUCCAGCGAGGAGCCGCCGUGGGCCGCUGGCGUCCCACUCUGCUGCACCGUGGGUCACCCCCCCCUUUCUAGCUCGCCUUCCCCCAGGCCCACUCCCUCCCGCUGCCCUUUGUGGAUGUUCACCACUGCCCCCCAGUGGUCUUGUCAGCUAUGGAUGCUGCGUGAGCUGACUGCCAUGCACAGAGUAGAGAGGGCAGGCAGGAAGCAGGUACAGAUAGACAGGGUGCAGCAGUUGCAGUCAGUGCCAGUCCAGCAUGUGUACUCCAGCCAGGUUCAGUACGUGGAUGGCGGAGAGACCAGCUACACCACCAGCACCAUACGGUCCAGCAGCUACACCUACACGGACACCCCUCUCUACACCCAGACUGGCCCCUCCUCUUACUACGAGGCUCCACCCGCCUCGGGGGCUCAGGUGGCGGCACCAGCCACGUCACAGGCCGUACCCGUGACAGCAGGGGGCGCUGCCGUGUCCAUGUUUGUGGCCAACACCACCUCGGGUACGGCCACCGCAGGCACCGUGGCCGUGGUGGCAGGAAGCACCCCCGGUGGGGCAGCGGCAGCCGCUGGGGCUGGGGGCGGGACCACAGCAGCGGGGGCGGGGGGAACCGGCGGCGGCAGCAACGGCGGCAGCGGAAGCAGCUACGUCAUCCAAGGAGGGUACAUGCUGAGCGGGGCCGCCGGAAACCAGAACUACUCACACAGCAUCCGGGCGUCACCAGCCACGGUCAGUACGGAGGACCGCGCUGACCGCUCGCUCUGCGUGCAGUGGCUGCUGGAUAACUACGAGACGGCGGAGGGCGUGAGCCUGCCGCGCUCCACCCUCUACUGCCACUACCUGCUGCACUGCCAGGAGCAGAAGCAGGAGCCGGUGAACGCCGCCUCCUUCGGGAAACUCAUCCGCUCCGUCUUCAUGGGGCUGCGCACGCGGCGGCUGGGCACUCGGGGCAACUCCAAGUACCACUACUACGGGCUGAGGAUCAAGGGCAGCUCCUCCCUGCUGCGGCUGAUGGAGGACCAGCAGCACCUGGCCAUGAGGCAGCAGCCUUUCUCCCAGAAGCAGAGGUUAAAGCCAGUGCAGAAAGUUGAAGGCAUGACGAACGGAAUGGGCCAAGGGGUGGGGCAGCAGCAGGGGGCGGGGCUUUCUGACAUCAGCGCCCAGGUGCAGCAGUACCAGCAGUUUCUUGACGCAUCCCGCUCUCUGCCCGAGUUCUCGGAGAUAGACCUGCAGGGCAAGGCCCUACCCGAAGGGAUCAUGUUGGAGCACAUCAGGAGCUUCCAGCUGCUGUAUCGUGAGCAUUGCGAGGCCAUCCUGGAUGUGAUGAUCAACCUACAGUUCACCCUGGUGGAGACCCUGUGGAAGACCUUCUGGAGGUUCAGUGAGAAUCCGGCUGGUGACGUGGACCCACUCAGCGUCCACGAUGAAUCGGAGAAGCGGCUACCCAAAUCGUGUCUGGUGCUGUUGUGCAAGUACGAGCCGGUAGUGCGCUGGAGCCGCCAGUGUGACAACACACUUUACCAGAGCCUGGUGGAGAUCCUCAUCCCUGAUGUACUGCGGCCCAUCCCCAGUGCCUUAACACAAGCCAUCCGCAACUUUGCCAAGAGCCUGGAGAGCUGGUUGACCAAUGCCAUGAUGAACAUACCUGAGGAGAUGGUUCGCAUCAAGGUGACGUCUGCCAGUGCAUUUGCGCAGACCCUGCGCCGGUAUACGUCCCUCAAUCACCUGGCCCAGGCAGCACGGGCAGUCCUGCAGAACACGGCGCAGAUCAACCAGAUGCUGAGUGACUUGAACCGUGUGGACUUCGCCAAUGUGCAGGAGCAGGCCUCGUGGGUGUGCCGUUGUGAGGACCGGCUGGUCCAGCAACUGGAGCAGGACUUCAAGCUCACGCUGCAGCAGCAGAACUCGCUGGAGCAGUGGGCAGCCUGGCUGGAUGGGGUUGUCUCCCAGGUCCUAAAGCCCUACCAGGCCAGCGCCACCUUUCCCAAGGCGGCCAAACUCUUCCUGCUCAAGUGGUCCUUCUACAGUUCCAUGGUGAUCCGCGACCUGACCCUGCGCAGCGCCGCCAGCUUCGGCUCCUUCCACCUGAUCCGGCUGCUGUAUGACGAGUACAUGUACUACCUGAUAGAGCAGCGGGUGGCCCAGGCCAAGGGCGAGACGCCCAUCGCCGUCAUGGGGGAGUUUGCCAGUCUGGGCAGAAGCCUGAACACACUGGAUCCUGAUAAAGAGGAGGAAGAGGAUGAGGAAGAGGAUAGUGAUGAUGAGUGCCAGGAACUGACCCUCCCCGCUGACUCCUCUGGUCUGGGGGAGGAAUCGCUGGAGCCGCCCGCCAAGCUGGCCAGAACCGACCCGAGGGGGCUCUUCAGUACCAGCCACACGGACAACUGAUACACGGAGAGAGAGAGCGUGCGGGAGAGUGAGGUGCAUUCACACACAGACACACACACACACAGACACACACACCUGAACUGAGAUUAGUGUGUCGCGCCGGAGCCCUGCCCCAAGACGCCUGACGGAGCGAGCUGUAGGGCAAAGGGUAACCUUUCCGAAGCACUGCCUGUAGGAGGGGCCUCUCCUGUCAAUCAAAGCUCUCCUUGUGUCUGUUGGUGGAUUUUCUGUUUCUGAGCUGCCUGUGGGAAGGACUUCACCUGUCAAUCAAAGCCAUCCUGUUGUCUAUUGGUGGUUUGGGAUUUCCGUUCUGCCCACAGGAUGGAAGGGGCCUCUCUCCUCAGAGUUGUCCUGGUGUUUGUUGGUGGUUUUGGAGCGUCUGUGCUGUGCUUGUCCAUGUAAAGGCAUGUGCGUGUACCCCCCGGAGCUGUAUCAGUAAUGGUAUGUUCCAGGUGCUGCUACUAUUACUUUUUAAACCUUUAUCCAUGUACAAUAAAAAAUUUCUGGUGAGGUCCGGGGGGUGAUGGCAGCCUGUCUGCAGGGGCGUCCGUAGCUCUGUAAGGAUGUGUGACCCCACCUGCUUAUUUUUACAAAUGCCCCCCAUCCCUGAACAGCCUCACAGGGGCCCGAGUGACCUCACUCACCCUGUCCAAACAUCUCAAAGCAGACUGAUCCACCUAUUGUCAUUUCAUUUGUUUUCUGUGCCAAUCCGCUGCUCCCCAAGUCACACUUUAAUAAAAUGAAAGGUGUGUAGGUGGUGCGUGUGCUCUGAGGGCGUGGAGAGUGGGCGGGGCCGGUCACUUCACUAGAUGCCCUCUUCACCCGCUUCCUGUCGGUCUCAUUUCCAUGUCUUUUGCAUGAGUCACUUCCUCUCCUUGACUUCCUUCAUGCCGUCGGCCUGUUCACAGACACCGAGCCGCCAGCGCCUCUAGUUUAACGGGUCACUGUCCCAGCCGCCUGUGCUGGUCUCCUGGUGUUCCCUAAUGCUUCCUGACCAAUUAUAUUUAAGUUUGUUCUGUGAACCUGACCCACCAGCUGCUGGGAAGGUUCCGGUGUGCAAGCCAACAAAUUAACCGCAAAAGGCUAAUAAAUAUCCGAUCUAACAAAUU